AUGAGAGAAACAGUAGCUUGGAGGUACUUGAACAGAGAUGUUGUGCCGUUCAGUGCAAUGAUCGUAGUGGAGGUUGUCACGGUUGGAUCAACCACACUGUUCAAAGCUGCGACCUUGAGAGGAUUGAGCUUCUAUGUCUUCGUCUUGUACACUUACGUUGUUGCUACGCUUGUUCUUCUUCCACUUUCUCUCUUCUUCGGAAGGUCAAGAAGAUUACCAUCAGCCAAAUCUCCUGUCUUCUUCAAGAUUUUCUUACUUGGGCUUCUCGGUUUCAUGUCAAUGAUAGCUGGAUGCAAAGGAGUAGAAUAUAGUUCUCCUACUCUUGCCACUGCUAUCAGCACCCUCACGCCAGCUUUUACCUUCACACUCGCCGUUUUCUUCAGGAUGGAAAAAGUAGUGUUAAGGAGCUCUGCGAGUCAGGCUAAAAUCAUUGGCACCAUAGUAUCUAUAUCUGGUGCUCUGGUUGUUGUUCUUUACAAAGGCCCAACACUUCUCGCUGCUGCGUCUUUUACAUCUUCACCACCUACCAUUUCUCUUCACCAGCUGUUGACUUCAUCCGAUUCAAGCUGGAUAAUCGGAGGCGUUUUGCUCGUUUCACAGUAUUUGCUUAUCUCAGUAUGGUAUAUUCUUCAGACUCAGAUCAUGGAGGUAUACCCUGAAGAAACAACUGUAGUCUUCUUAUACAGCUUAUGCGCAACGCUAAUCUCAGCACCAGUAUGUCUACUUGCUGAAAAAGACUUGACUUCCUUUCUGAUUAAGCCAGGUGUCUCCCUCGCUUCAAUCAUGUACACGGGAGGCACAGUUUUAUCAUUGGGCUCAGUUAUACACACAUGGGGUCUGCAUUUGAAAGGUCCAGUCUACAUAUCCUUGUUCAAGCCUUUGUCUAUUGUCAUUGCGGUAGCUAUGAGUGCUAUGUUCCUCGGCGAUGCACUUUACCUUGGGAGUGUCAUUGGAUCAGUGAUUUUGAGCUUAGGAUUCUACACUGUGAUUUGGGGAAAAGCAAGAGAGGAUUCAACCAAAACUGUGGCUGGUUCUGAGCAAUCACCUUUGUUGGUUACACAGUCACACACCAUAGAAGAUGAAGCCUCAUCAUUAAGAUGA